UGCGACCGCACGCACAAACUUCCGGCCCAAAGAUGGCGACUUCCUAGAGAAACUCCAGUUGCAGUUCGGUUACCGGAGUAUCUCGGCUUCCAGGCUCUCUGCUCCGUCCAGCCACUCGGAAGCCAUGGAAGUGGCAGAGCCCAGCGUUCAUACGGAAGAGGAGGAAGAAGAGGGAGAGGAGGAGGAGCAUUCCGCCGAGCCACGCCCCCGAACGCGCUCCAACCCAGAGGGGGCCGAGGACCGGGGACUCGGGGCCCAGGCCAGUGUCGGUAGCCGCAGUGAGGGUGAAGGUGAGGCAGCCAGUGCUGAGGAUGGGACCCCCAAUCCAGCAGGAGUGGGUCCCAAACCCUGGGCAGUACCCCCGCCAGCCCCCGAAGUCCAGAUUCGUACACCCAGGGUCAACUGUCCAGAGAAGGUGAUCAUCUGUCUGGACCUAUCAGAGGAAAUGUCGCUGCCCAAGCUGGAGUCGUUCAACGGCUCCAAGACCAACGCCCUCAAUGUCUCUCAGAAGAUGAUAGAGAUGUUCGUGCGCACCAAACAUAAGAUCGACAAGAGCCACGAGUUUGCGCUGGUCGUGGUGAACGACGACUCGGCCUGGCUCUCGGGCCUGACCUCCGACCCCCGCGAGCUCUGCAGCUGCCUCUACGACCUGGAGACGGCGUCCUGCUCCACAUUCAACCUAGAAGGCCUCCUCAGCCUCAUCCAGCAGAAGACCGAGCUGCCUGUCACCGAGAAUGUGCAGACCAUUCCGCCUCCUUACGUGGUCCGCACCAUCCUUGUCUAUAGCCGCCCACCCUGCCAGCCUCAGUUCUCCCUGACGGAGCCCAUGAAGAAAAUGUUCCAGUGCCCAUAUUUCUUCUUCGACGUUGUCUACAUCCACAAUGGCACCGACGAGAGGGAGGAGGAGAUGAGUUGGAAGGACAUGUUCGCCUUCAUGGGCAGCCUGGAUACCAAGGGUACCAGUUAUAAAUACGAAGUGCCUCUAGCGGGGCCGGCUCUGGAGUUGCACAACUGCAUGGCGAAGCUGUUAGCUCAUCCUCUUCAGCGACCCUGCCAGAGUCACGCCUCCUACAGCUUGCUGGAGGAGGAUGAGGAAGCGACUGGCGAGGGCGAGGCCACUGUUUGAACCUCCGGAGUUUAUCCUUCUUGUACUUUUGACCCUGGUUCUGAAGUCCCACUUCUUACACUGAACUCCUGGAGAUCCUCUCUAGAUGUUCCACUAGGCACUUGUGCCUGGGGGUGGGGACAGGUCCUGGGUUGAAACCCAGGAUUCCAGGAGACCUCCAGGGGCUCCCACACCUCCCUCCACCCCCACCCCUGUUUUCCCACGUUUGUCACUCCGAGUUUGUCAGUUAUAAUUCUUGUUUAUUCCUGUGUUUUUGUCAUAAUUUUUUUGAGUAUCAAAAAAAUUAAAAAUUUG